GUGAACUUCAAGCAACGGUCACACCAAUCCGACGCGAAGUGAAUCAUAUUGCGCACAGCAAAAUCAGCGGAUAAGCGAAUUUAAGCGACAAAAGAAUAUUAAAACGGCUCUGCCGGUGCAGCAAAAAGCGUGACAAACAGCAAUGCAAACGGGCUAAUAUAUUUAAAAACACCCAAUAAACGUUUCGAACCCGUGCGCGAGUGUGUGUGUGUUUGCGUGCGUGCCCUGCGCAUGUGUGGUGUGUUCGUGUGAAAGGAAGAGAGUUGAAAACGCACACAAAAAGCGAAACAAAAAAAAAAGUGUACAGCCGACGACGCGCAGACGCAUCUCGAAAUUUGGUGGAAAAAUCGCGAGUGAAGAGUGCGGAAAGUACAUAAAAGUACCAUAAAACGCGGUAAAAAGCAUUGCGAUCGCCGAGCGCUAAAGACAUCCAGCGAAUAUGGGUUGUGCCGUGAGUACAGCACGCGAUAAGGAGGCCAUCGAGCGGUCCAAGAACAUCGAUCGCGUCUUGCGGGCGGAGGGCGAAAGGGCCGCCUCGGAGGUGAAACUGCUGCUGCUGGGAGCCGGCGAGUCGGGCAAGUCGACGAUUGUGAAACAGAUGAAGAUCAUCCAUGACACGGGCUACUCGCAGGAGGAAUGCGAGGAGUACCGUCGCGUGGUCUUCAGCAACACGGUGCAGAGUCUGAUGGUGAUCAUCCGGGCCAUGGGUCGUCUAAAGAUCGAGUUUGCCGAUCCGGGACGGACAGACAUUGCCCGCCAGUUCUUCACACACGCCUCGGCCGCCGACGAGGGCAUCCUGCUGCCCGAGAUCGUUCUCCUGAUGAAGAAACUCUGGGCAGACGGAGGUGUACAGCAGAGCUUCGCCCGAUCCCGUGAAUAUCAGCUGAAUGACUCGGCGGGUUACUAUCUGAACUCGCUGGACCGCAUCGCGCAACCGAACUACAUACCCACCCAGCAGGAUGUGCUACGCACGCGGGUGAAGACCACUGGCAUCAUCGAGACACACUUCUCCUGCAAGCAGCUGCACUUCAAACUUUUUGACGUGGGCGGACAGCGAUCGGAGCGCAAAAAGUGGAUUCAUUGCUUCGAGGGCGUUACGGCCAUAAUCUUCUGCGUUGCGUUAUCAGGUUACGAUUUAGUUUUGGCCGAGGACGAAGAGAUGAAUCGCAUGAUUGAAUCCCUGAAGCUCUUUGACUCCAUCUGCAACUCCAAGUGGUUUGUGGAAACAUCCAUAAUACUGUUCCUCAACAAGAAGGAUCUGUUCGAGGAGAAGAUAAAGAGAUCUCCGCUGACGAUAUGCUUCCCAGAGUACACAGGAACCAACACCUUCGAGGAGGCGGCCAACUACAUUCGCAUGAAGUUUGAAAAUCUCAACAAGCGAAAAGACCAAAAGGAGAUCUACACGCAUCUCACCUGCGCCACGGAUACGAACAACGUGAAGUUCGUCUUCGAUGCCGUCACCGAUGUGAUCAUCAAGAACAAUCUGAAACAAAUUGGCUUAUUCUAAGAGGGCUGCGGAUCAUAAGAGAUCAUCAUUAUUUAGCUGGCGUCGUAGUAUUAAAGGAAAACGCGCAUCAACAUUUCCAUUAAACGCUAAGAACUCGAUACAUUUACGCUCUGCAUAUGCGCAAUCGUAUGCUCCAUAUAUGUUUUAAAUGCGUUACAUGCUUGACACACGUAAUUUUAAUAACCGAUUUGGUUGCCAGUAGUCGCGGAACAAAUUAACCAACUGCAAUUUAGUUAACCGUGUCCAUUAAAUUGCACCUAUAAGUUAACUAAUUUAAACAUUAGCCUAACACAAAUGUAAAGUUCGACAAAGGACAGCCGAUGGGUUUUGUACAUCCUAAACCCUCAACCCGAUCGGCUCUCCUUGGAAUUUAGUUAAGUUUCGCGUGCUAAUGGCGGCGACCAAGGAGAACAUCCGGAAAUCGUAGAGGUGUCUCCUUGGACUCUGCCAUUUUCCGGACGUUUAUUUUUUGCCAAGAGCUUGACAGCGUUAGUUAAGGUGAACCUAAGGCCUGGAGUUGUAAGCCCUAACAUGUAACUAGUAAACUUACUAAUAUGUUUAGUAAUAGCCUAAAUAAAAGACCAUUUAUACAAAAUAA